AUGGACCAGGAGAGUGAUACUGGACCUGAAGUCGCCGCUGGGGACAACUUCGUCACCGUUGCCCCUGUGGCCCCUCCAAAUAAAAAACCGGCGGCGAUGAAGGCUAAAAAGGCGAGAACGGUUGUCGACAGACGUUCACCCAUCAACCCGCUCGAAAAGCUGGGAUUGGUGCCCAAGCAAACGAGUAAUGUCGAGCAAAACAUCAUAAAAGGAAGCGAUCCUAUGCUUGAACGCAACCCAUUGGUCGGAAGGUUGCCGUUCAUGCUCAUGAUUAAUGCAAUACUCGUUCUGGUUUUCAUAUCGGAGCUUGUAUUCAACAAACUGUCGUUCAAUGGCAGAUGCAUCUCUAAGGUGCUUUAUCCAACAGCGGAGGCGGGGAUGGACCCUAUAAGGCCUUAUACAGUGGAACUUGGUUACGGCGCCUGUGAAUACAACCUCAAUACCAGUGCUGCAAACAGGUUCUUCUUCGGAAACGAAGCAGCUGACGAAGGGUGGCCUAAAGAGCGCAUAGACCCGGAAUUGCUCCUGGAGAGUGGUGCGGCUAUGGACGCGCCAAAUGCGCGAGUAUUCCAACUAUUGGGAGGUUCAGACGCAAACAUGGCUCGCAACUACAACGAAUACUUCAGACUGCUAUGGAGCAUGUUCAUGCACAGCAGCUGGAAGCACCUGCUGUUCAACGUGUUCUGCCAAGUACAGGCACUCUGGAUCAUAGAGCCGGACUGGGGUUUUCUCAGAACCAUGACACUAUUCGUCGUUAGUGGAGUAGGAGGUAACCUUAUGGCGGCGGUGCUUGACCCAUGUGGCACCACCGUCGGGUCAUCAGGCGCCAUGUACGGGCUAUACGGAGCAAUGAUACCGUAUUGCAUAGAGCGCUCAUUGCUUUCACCGCUUAUCUCGUGGGCGUUGCCCAAGACAUGGAAAGCAAAACUCCGACUCAUCAUAGCAUUCAAAAGUGAGCAUAAGUUACUUUGUGGCAUAUGCUAUUCAGAGGACCGUGGCGAACGCAGACGUGAGGCUUUUGAUGCGCACAAGUCGGCUGUGGAAAGUGGUGUGAGCGUGCGACGCAUAGCACAGCUCAAAAAGAAGUUUGAUAGGCACGGAGCGCCCCCGUGCCGAAUGAGGCUUAGGGAAUGGUUCAUCAGGCUAACCAGCCUUAUAACAAUGAUAUGUUUGAUACUCCUGGCUACGCUCUUCCUGGUCAACCCUGCACUGUAUUCCAAGUACAAGCCGCCGGGACAAUAUAAGUUCGGCGGUUGGCGUACAUGUGACUGCUGUUACGUCACAAACGCGCAUAGGCUUUUCAAAGAUGAAAUGCAUAUUACGGAAUCAUACCGCAACAUGAAUCUGUUCUGGUGCUUCAACGAUGUUGAAAACGCAAAGCACUACUGCGGAGAAGACUACGGUGAGCUUACCAUUGUGCAAUCUAAACAAAUUCAGCCAACACUGGCCCUUCGCAGAACGUCUUGGAGUCCACAGAGGACGCCGCACGGAACAUAUUUAGCACUGUCAGCACAGCCAUAA